CCUCUUGCCGUUCAAGCCUCUGAUGUCGAUUUGAGAAAAGCCACCAACCAACGGAGGCUGCUCCACGCGAAGGCAUCGUGAUGCCAUGGCCUCGGUUGGAAACCAAUAAUUGGGAUUGCAUUGUCAUGCGGGAGAGCGAAUUGCGCAGGUUAGGCUGAAGCAGAGAAGUUGGAGGGGGGUUCAAGUUGGGUGGCAAGCCGCAUGAAUUUCGAGCCGGGAUGUUCCCGGGAGAAUGUAUCAACUUGGAUAAACUCACGAGGCACAAUAAUAACAAACCAGGGAGUGGUCGGAGAAAAAGAAGAGUCCCCAUUCCCACCAGACUCAGGGGCCCCUUGCCCGACUCUCCGUCUCUCCACCAGAAGAGCUGAGAACAGCUAACAAAGGAAUCGGCUCUUCUAGUGGUCCCUGGUCGGUGGUCCCGGUCCAGGGACUUGGCUCAGAAGAAUCAGAACCCAGCCAGUUAGGUGAACUGCGCAUUCGUUAGCUUCAGAUGUUUUUAUUUGUCAACAGCACGCCGUCACCUUAAGCCCGAUUUGGCGAUGGAAGCCAUGGUGUGCGCGACGGAGAUACAUAUGAAUCCACAGAGAACAGACCAGGCAUGGCAAAAACUUUGGCACAACGCUAACUCCAUGCUGUGUUAGUCGUCAAAUACCUAGGGACAAGAAAUUUCAAAUCUGGCGGGGGCAGAGGAUACAUAUAUAAAAUGGUUGCAUCGCCCCUGUUGGCUUGAUGUUUUCUGCUUUGCCGACCCGAGAUACAAAGCCAUUAUCAUAGUGCUAAUUUGCUCCUUUUUCCAACUCUUUGUCACGAUGAUGAAGUCUAUAUUCUUCACGCUUUCCCUAGCAGCACUGGGCAUGGCGCAGUCAUCUACAGUUCCCUUGCCUCCAACGACUACGGCGGCCGGCCCGGUCACUGUCUUCAACCUCCUCGUUCCCGCCGCCUCUCCUGUUCCCUCCGAAGUAUCUAUCGUUGACGUUGGCAAAGAUGCUAUUACAUUCGCCGUAGAUAUUGGUUGUUUGCCAAACCUCAUCAGCGGCCGCUGUGAAGAAAUCGAGGAGUUUGACGUUGCCACAAUCAUACAAGGCCCCGAGACUUACGCGCAGUCUGCAUCGUUAUCUGGAAUUGGUAUUGAUGCCGCCUGUUCCCUCGGCGGCACUACAUCUGCAGCAUGCACAUUUAUAGUGGAGUCGGCUGGCAUAGAAGCCACUCUCAAGACUACAUUGUCCGGAAGUGAAAUCGAGACUGCAUUCAUACCUGUCACGGCCACCGCUGGUAUUGAGAAGCUGGCUGAUGGGGCACCAAAUGCCGGGCCGAGAGAGACUGGGAACAUCAAUUGGGUGAUUGGUGGUGCAGCUGCGGCGCUUGCGAUGGCUGCCGCGAUAUAAGUAUAGGAGAAGAUAUUAUUGUUGAGAUUGGGAAAAACAAUUAAAAAAAAUCCAAAAUGACUUCGAGAUAUCAUGAGGUCUGGCGGCUUUUAAGGAGCCUGACUUUCUCUCUUUUUUGCCCUCGUUUUCUCUUUUUUCUUCAACUCAGUCAGUAUAUGUAUGAUUCAUAUGAUUCCCCCCCCCUCUUGGGUUUUGAUUUUCUUGGUUUGGCGAAUUGUGCAUUUUGAGAUGUUUGUAUUGGGAGUGAAUGCCGCCUACUAAAGAAGUUUAAACUGGAUGAAUUUUAUCUUCUUUCACAGCCUGAGUUCUAUGAAACGAACUGUGUCGUCAACCGAUAUUUUAUUUGUUGACUCGUCGAUCAGCUAUUAGUGGAGGAUCCGACAUCUCGUUGACGAUAAAUACUCCUGUCACUAUACAUUGGCGCUCGGUUAGGUUGAGUUUCCCAAAGCUCCUACGAUUGCUCUCCCUUCCUCCUAUGUGUGCUAGUAUGCCAUUACGCAGCGGUAGGAGGAAUAGCUUCCGAUUCGAAUCAUAUCGCCGUCUGAAUCCCCGCGGUGCAGUUUCCUGUCGUCGUCAACGCUGUAAAUAAAUUGCGCCUCAAUCCUUUGGCAUUGUGUGAAUCGGGAGCUUUGCUAUUCGCAGCUAGCUGCUUUCUUCACCGCGUUCUCUGGAUACGUAUAUAUAUGGGUGGUGGAUAUAGAUGAUAAACUUGCACAACUGGCAUUUGGUUUUGGGGGUCCCCAGCACCUCCUGCUGAAGUUUGCGAGCAUAUAAUAUAAUAUACUAUGUUCGCCUGUACGGAGUACAGAACAUUUGUAUAUAACACAGCGGGCGGUCUAGAUGUUCAGCGCCGGCCUUUAACAAUUUGACAAAGCUCAAGCAAAGUUGGCUCAAGAGGGACCUCACUUUUCUAUAGUUAAUCAAUCUUUCAGUGGUCAAGUUGAGCAGUCAGAAACAUUACUUUCUUGGAUCAGUAGUACACCCGCUUGUUGUAGGAUUAAUGACCUUGUUGCCCGGGGAUAGUUAGUCAAGGUGUACAGAGUAAAUGAGGUGUGUGGCCUAAAUCACCUUUUCACUGUUGCUUCAAACGCGAGGAUGUUCACCGAUACCCCCAUAAUGAUAUUUAGUAACUAUGCCACUAAAAUAUUAGGGGGACCCUAACGAAAAUACCGG